UUUUUUCCCAAAUUUAGGAAUCAUUAUCCUUCCGAGUUCCGUAGAAGAAAAACGCUCCCGCAACGAAAGCCGCCAUUAUCGAAGCAGGGUGAUCUCAACUGAAGGUUUGUACAGAUGAAAGGCGGCCAUGGCGCUCUGGAGAUGGCCAAGACGGUCAUCGAGGUCGCGGACGUGGCCUGGUCGGCGAUUGAGUGUUGCCAUCACCAUAAACCCAGCGAUGAUGCCACCGAGCGCACUCCUACAGAGGAAGAAGAACUCGAUGCUCUGCGAUCGGACAAUCGGAGACUGAGGAAUUUGCUUGAACAAAAUCUCGACCUCCUUCAGAAGCUAUCCGAAUCUCAUUGUUUGCUGAAAGAUUGCCCUCCCGAUCUGUACGCUCGUCUCGUUGCGACAGUGGAUUCUGAAAAGUUCUUAAAUGAAAUUAAAUCCCUCAAGGAAGCGUCAAAAGAUGGAAUUAGCUAUGAAUUUCCUUUCAGGGAAGCUACAGGAGCUGAUUCGCACACAGCUGACAUUCUUGUGAAUGUUAGCCGUGAAGCACCCAGUUGGUGGAUAUGGGUUACUGAAGAUAUGGUUCCAAGCAAAGUUGAGGAAUGGAGUGGAAUUGAUGAUGAAAGUUAUGUGAUUGUAUCUGAAGAACAUGUAGUGGAUGCAGUCGCCCACUUUAUGGCUAGAUGUAUUAUGUCAAACCCAAAAACCAGGAAUGUAUCACCUGAGGAACUGCAGAAAACAAUAGCAAAGGCGCUGGAUGGUAUGGGCAGCAAAGUGGAGAAGAUGUUUGAAAUUUGGCAUGCUGGGGUGCUGUUUUAUUCCUUAGCCACUUGGGGACUUGCACUGGCAGGCUUGUACAAGGGUCGGGCUAUAUUGAAACUGGCUGCCACUGGUGUUCACCAUACAAGCAAAGCGGUGAUGACGGUACUCUGAAGAAAGCUAUUGAUAUUCAUCAAAUGUAUGAUAUUGUUUGGGGUUCAUUCUUCUUUCUUUCAAGUGAAGUAAAUAACGUUUAACAUUUCUUAUGGCAUUGUUGUUUUCGUUCUUUUGAGUUGUGUUAAUUACUGUUAAAAUUGUGAAUCUUGUACAGUUGCUUCAUUCCAGUUAUACAUUAUGUUAGGAAAAGUUAUACAGUGUUUGAAAUUUGAAACA